AUGUCCCGGAUAUGGAGACUCCAAGGACCAUUAUCCGACUCCGUCUUCAUUCUGCGACAUCAGGAACGCAAGCCCUACGUUAUUGCCUCAGGCUCUGCAGGCAACUCCGGCCUUCACCCAAUUUCCCACUCAUCACUUACCGAACCCAAAAUCGGGUCGAUUACCAUGCACGUUGACCUUUUGCGCCGGUGGCAGGAGGAGUGGCUUGAGCGACACGAGCGGCACGCCCAUCCCGAUGACAAGGACUGCGUCUUCUUUGGUAAACUGUCCGAUAAGGAGCUUUACGAACUACGGGGCUCUGAGUCGUCGGGAGACGACGAAGACGGCGAGAUGGAGCUUCUUCGUUGCUGCGACACGCACAGGCCCAAGAAGGCACGGCCCCUUGUCAUCAACGCGUCUGAUACCUACGUUACGGUUCACGACUAUCUUUCAGCGUUGCACCCGUGGCUAAUGGGCUUGCGUGAGGAUAUCGUAAGGGCGGACAACGUCUGGGAGGACAAGACGCCGGAUGACUACAGGAAGCUGGUGGUGGAUUUCAUACUGCCUGACUCUUUGAAAAUUGUGGAUGAGACACAGUUCCUCCGUCGGGUCGGUGUAAUUCAAACGCCUGAACCUGUGGACAAGGAACUCGAGGACUUUUUGAGGAGGGUUUGCAGGCCUGGCGAACCAGAGGAACCCAACUACCAAUGCAUGUACAUCCCAGAACAGCACCAAUGA